GCUGCCUCUGCCAGCUCAGCUGACAACAGCAGCAGCUCUUCAGCCAGAUGAUCAUGGCAGACUCUGGAAGUAGCGAAGAAGUAGCCGUGAUCGGUAACACCGACCUCACUUCAACGGAAUCAGAGAACAACAUCAUAAACACGAUGGUGGAAAAAGGGACAGCUCUGUUGAGAAAACUGGAGAUAAAUGUAGCAGAGGCAGAGAAGAGAACAGGGAAGAACACGGUUAACAUGCAAGAAACCUAUACCGUCUACCUCAUAGAAAUACGGCCAGCUGAAACUGUCCCAGAGGGAGGUACACCAGCUGCACCUGACACUUUGUGGAGACGCUACAGUGAGUUUGAGCUCCUCAGGACAUACCUUUUGGUCACAUAUCCCUACGUCAUCGUCCCCCCGCUGCCAGAGAAAAGAGCCGAGUUUGUCUGGCACAAGCUUUCAGCUGACAACCUCGACCCAGACUUUGUUGAGCGAAGGAGAGUCGGUCUGGAAAACUUCCUGCUGCGUGUUGCAUCACAUCCUGUCCUUUCCAAUGACAAAAUUUUCUUCCUCUUUCUCACAGAGGAGAAGGGAUGGAGGGAGGUAGUUUUGGAGACAGGUUUCCAAGAUAAGGCCGACUCCAGACUGAAGUCUUUAAGUGCCAUGUUCAGGGUCAAGAACCCUGACAAGCGAUUCACAGCGCUGAAACACUACAGCGAUGAACUGAACACCGUCAUCUCCCAGUUACUCAGGGUGCGAGCGCGAGUAGCAGACCGGCUGUAUGGAGUUUACAAGGUCCACGGUAACUACGGCAGAGUUUUCAGUGAAUGGAGUGCUAUAGAAAAAGAAAUGGGAGAUGGACUGCAGAGCGCUGGCCACCACAUGGACACAUAUGCUGCAUCCAUAGAUGACAUUCUGGAGGAAGAAGAGCACUAUGCAGACGAACUGAAAGAAUACCUCUUCUACACAGAUGCUGUUAGGUCAGUAUGUAGGAAGCAUGAGUUGAUCCAGUAUGAGCUGGAGAUGGCAGCGCAGGACCUCGCCCACAAGAAACAGCAGAAAGAAGAGCUGGCUACUGGGACGGUACGAAUCUUUUCACUGAAGGGAAUGACCAGUAAAUUAUUUGGCCAAGAGAGCCAGGAGCAGAGAGAGAGCAGGUUAGCAACCCUGGAGCAGAGCAUCCGGGAGGGAGAGGAAACGGUGAAGGAGAAGAACGCCGAGUGCCAAGAAUUUGUGCGAACAGCAUGGGAAGACAUUGAACGUUUCAAGGAGCAGAAGGACAAAGAUCUACGUGAAGCACUAAUCGGCUAUGCCAUUAUGCAGAUCAGCAUGUGUAAGAAGGGAAUCCAGGUGUGGUCCAACGCCAAGGAGUGUUUCAACAAAAUGUGAGCCACUUUCCAAGCCAAUCACGCUCUGCACCAAAACGGUAGUUACUCAGAUUGUACAGACUGGGACCGUCAGCCAUCCACUAUACUGUGGUAUAGUGGAGAUUCGAUGGGAGCCCAAAUGCUGCCUUCACUUUGUUUGCUAUGCUGAAUUGAAGCUACUGAGAAUAAUUUCUCCGUCUUUCUCUCUCUCACACAAUGCCUUUUUAAAUUCGUGUCUUAACAAUACCUCUUUCUUGACAUUCUGCUGAUGUAACCUUCAUACUGCAGACAAUCCCAAUUUUUAUUACUCCUCGUUAGUUGCACCGUUUGACAGCAUGUUCGAGAAGGAAACCCGGCACUAAUACUGCAUGAUUGUUGCACAGUGAGAAUAGCUGUAUUGUAUUUCAGUUGGUACCCCUUUCACCCUGAUAAAGUAAUCCACAGUAGAGCGCUACCUUAUGUUUAGUCAUUAAUACAUGCACAUUAUAGACAGUGGUUCACGUGGCUCGUUUUAGAGUUACCUGCCUUAAAGAAAUUAAAACUGUGGUGUGUACUUCGCCUUUCAAAAUUCUUAAGGGAGAGUUUUCAUACUGGUUAAAUUGCUGUUAAUUGUCAAUUGACAAUACUGAUAACAAGUUGAAGAACUGGAAAGUAACAAAACACUUGUUGGUGGCACUUUGACCAGAACUAUACUCAUGUUGGGACUGAUUUGGCAGUUUAGUUAAAAGUUAAAAUCUAAAAGCUGGAAGAUUUUUUAGUGGUCCUCAAGUCUCCUAAUAUAGUGGAGCAGUGCUUUAGUUGUUUAAUGUCACAUUCAUAUCAAUCAGGCACCGGAACAAGCACCACACUUCAGAAAGCCAUGACACUUUCACAUUUCCUUUUCUCUUUUUUCAUGAAGUUAUUUUAUGUACAGCAAGCUAAAGUUAGUCUUUAUGUUAUUGUUGCUCGAUAGCCGACCAAAGUGCUGAUGACCAAGUGCCUCUGUGAUACAUAUUACAGGUGGAGAACACAGGAGAAGAGCAAAUAAACUUAUCGUUCUUGUUUUCGUGCCAAAAGAAGUAACAGUAACAAGCAAGUACAGUCAGGAAAGCCUCACAACAUUCUGGUUCCAGUGUUUACUUCCUUGCAUACCUCCUUGAUCUGCCAAGUGCAACCAUAGGUGUUGUUAAAAGCUACACGCAUUCAGACUCAUAGCUGAGCCUUUUCUUUGCUGACAAGCUUUACAGCCUUAAUACUGGGUUUGUACAAUGGAAUGAACGGAAAAACUUGUUGACCUUCUCUCCCCACUGUCAAUAUGCCUCACCCUUUUUGUUUUUUUAAUAUUAAGUCAAUGCAGCUAUAGACCUGAGUUCCCGGCUUCCGUCCGGUUGGUCUUUAUAAAAAAAACGUUGACCAAAACGUGGAAACUUUUGUGUUUGAUUCUCACAAUAUAUGCUACAGAUAAAUCACACACAUGCUACUUUUGCUCCCUUUGUGAUAUCAGUCUGAGGAAAAAUUGAUUCCAAAUGGAUCUGACUUCUAAAUACUGUGCUCAGAUCCCCAAAUGCUGCCUUUUUUUCCAGAAUAAAACAAUCAGUUUACUGAAAUAAUCUCAAAUUGAGGCUUUAUGUGUGUUUUUAUAAUAAAUGUAUCAAAUGUAAUCAUCGCGCUGAGACACUAAUAAACGUUUCUUUUUUUGUAACGA